AUGAAACUGCUGCUGAGCCUUUUGAUUGGCUCGGUCGCUGCCAUCGGGCUCGAUUACGACAACAUCCUUCUCGAGUCGUCUCCUGGAGUCAACAUGUUCCGGGAGUACAAGCCACGAUGUACCAAACGACAUGAGAUGUACAUCGAUAUGACUUGUAUCCAGAUGUUCGGGAACUUUUCUAUGGAGAUCAAGAAAACUGCUAAGACCAUGGACCCAUUCAUUGCGUUUGAGCACAAAAAGACCUGCAAAGACAUCAAGCGAUGUUUCUUUCCUCUCUCGUGCUCUCCAAUCGACUACGUCAAAAAAGCCGCUCACACUCUCCAGCUCUACUGCGGACUAUACAACUACAGAGCCUCCGAUUUCUUCGCUUGUGGAACCAAGUUGACUUUGGCAAAGUCCCAGUGCCAUCACAACUGGGAUCCAUACCCAUCUGCUCUGGAGAAGGAGGAGAAUCCAGCGAGAAAAGCUGCACUGGUCAAGCAGUCCUGCGACAAUAUCUUCGGAGAGGACAACUGCAUGGAACACGAUGUCACCGUUGUCUGUGGAGAGAAGAAGUGGAUCGAUUUGAGAGAUCGUCUCAUCGAGCUCAACCCGGUCAUGAACAACUGCUCCUUGGACAACAACCCGGUAUUCCAGGCCAUACCUACAACCACCGAGAAGCCAUGGCUCCACGAUUUGGGGGAUCCGUUCGCAGAUGAAUAA